GCAGUACUCUGACAAAACGUAAACAAAUACCUAUAUACAUCACAAACAGAAGGUUAUAGUAGACCGAACCGAUUACCGAAGGACCAAAUUAAUAACUAUAUAAUAUAAUAGACCGGGGACCCAAAUAUAGCAGAAGAAACAACAUCUGCUUGACAUUUCUGCAUUAUUUUUUUGUAUUUUGACUUGUGUACAUACUUCUACAUUACACUCAUGGAUAUGGUUAUUCGGUAAUUCAGUUAUUGAGCCUUUGUUUUAUAAGACUGUGGUACCGACGAACUUCACAUAAGUACAUCAAGAGAUGAUAAGUCGAGUAUUUUGUGUUGACUUUUGGUCUUUUGGACUCUAGAAUGCACAAUGCAGAGUCAGAAACAAAGAAUAAAAACAAUACUAGUGUACUACGCCAAAGGAAAUCCAAAAGACAACCAUCUUCUAAAUCUAGAAGAAAAAUGGUGGGUUCAGGCAGUGGAGAGACGCUUGGUCAGGACCUGGAUGGCAUUAGAUUGGAGUUACUGGAAUUUGAUUCAGAUGACGAAUUCAGUGAAGAAUUUGACACGAAACGUCUCAUAUCGACCCCCAUACCUGAUGUUACCGUGAAAAAAUCAGAUAGCUUUUUGAAAGACCUUGAUAUUUCUGGCAAAGAUGAUGAAAAUGUUUGGUCCAUCUCAAUUCAGAUGUUCAUUCCAUUUUUACUUGCUGGCUUUGGAAUGGUGGCUGCCAGUUUGCUUCUUGAUCUUGUUCAGCAUUGGCCAGUCUUCCAAGAAGUUUCAGAAGUUUACAUUCUGGUUCCAGCUUUAUUAGGAUUAAAAGGCAAUCUGGAAAUGACGUUAGCCUCCCGCCUGUCUACACAAGCUAAUCUUGGGCACAUGGACACGAGAAAAGAAAAGUGGAGCUUAGUUGUUGGAAAUUUAGCAUUGAUUCAGUGUCAAGCCAUGGUAGUUGGCAUGUUGGCGUCAUUGGCUGCAGUAGUACUCGGAUGGAUACCAGAGGCUCACUUUGACAUGCAUCAUGGAUUGCUUCUCUGUGCCAGUUCAUUGUUAACAGCAUCUGUUGCCAGUUUUCUAUUAGGUAUAGUCAUGGUUGCGGUUAUUCUAUUUUCGAGACAGUUCAACAUCAAUCCUGACAAUGUCGCUACACCAAUCGCUGCCUCUUUAGGAGAUUUGACCACUUUAGCUCUGCUGUCUUGGAUAUCGUCUCUUUUGUAUAAUUUUAUUGGUACUGCUUCUUGGAUAGCACCAUCUGUGAUAAUAUUUUUUAUAUUUGCAACUCCAAUUUGGGGAUAUAUUGCUUACAAAAAUCCUUUCACCAGAGAAGUCUUAGAUCAUGGCUGGACACCUGUGAUAUCUGCUAUGCUGAUCAGCAGUGCUGGAGGUUUAAUUCUUGAUUAUACGAUUUCAAACUAUAAGGGCAUUGCUGUGUUCCAGCUUGUUAUAAAUGGAGUUGGGGGCAAUCUUGCUGCUGUUCAAGCUAGUCGAAUCUCGACGUCGAUGCACAAAGAACAAACAAACGAAGUGCCUGUUGUAUGCAUCAGUCCUUUUUAUGCAUUUUUUUCAUCAGGUGGUCAUGCAAGAACGGCGAGAGUACUUUUAAUGAUGGUCAUUCCUGGUCAUUUAAUUUUUAGUUAUACCAUAAGUUAUUUACAAGCUGGCCAUACUUCUUUUACCCCAAUAUUCAUGACCGUUUACUUAAUAGCUGCACUCACACAGGUCAUAUUGUUGCUGUAUAUUGCUCAAGUACUAGUUGUUUGGAUGUGGGCCAGCGGUAUGGACCCUGACAGUUCCGCAAUUCCGUACUUAACAGCAGUAGGUGACUUACUUGGAACUGCUUUACUUGGUAUAGCGUUCAAUUUCCUUAAUGCCAUUGGAGACGGAGAUUCAGACGUUGGAGACUGAGAAUCCAAAAUUUUUUACUUUAUGUUAAUGCUGAAAAUUUUAAAAAACUGAU